AUGAAACCUUCAUGUCACCCGACAAUUUCCAGAAAAGUUCGGAAAAUGAAAGUACACCUAUUUAUUCAAAGCUUCAUUGAACGACGAAUUUCUGAUGUUCUUAGGUCAACAUGCGCUCUGGCUGGAGAGAACUUUGCUAUAGUAGCAAGUGAUACCCGUAUGUCUCAGAUGGAAAUCAACAUCAUAACCAGGGAUGCCGAGAAAGUGCAUGUUCUAAAUGAUUCUAUAAUCCUGGCAACUUCGGGAUUCUACGGUGAUGUUUUGCAGCUCAAGCGAGUGCUCCAGUCCCGCCUUCAUAAAUAUCGUUUCGACUACCGUACCGAUAUGAGUGUGGAUCUCAUGGCCGAACUACUGGCAAGGAAUCUUUACUACAGGCGUUUCUUCCCUUAUUACACGGGUGCCAUUUUGGCUGGCAUUGAUGAGAACGGAAAGGGAGCGGUGUUCAGUUACGAUCCCAUCGGAUGUGUUGAACGGAUUGCUUACUCGGCCAGUGGGGCAGCCGAACCAAUGAUGAUUCCUUUUUUGGAUUGUCAGAUUGGGCAUGUGACGUUGAGUGAGGAGGCUGAACGCCCGCCGCUUACACUGCAAAGAGCCGUUUCACUCAUGAAGGAUGCUUUCCGCUCGGCAGCUGAGCGCGAAAUUUCUACUGGUGACAAGAUUCAUCUCAUAAUUGCCGAAGCCGGAAAGCCUAUCCAACAGCAGUAUCUUCCUCUUCGUGAGGACUAG